AUGAACGCUUCCGAAAUCAAACUCCACACCACAGCCCUCAACACAGCGAACAAAUGGUACCUAACCAUCAAACACCACAUCACACUCAUCCCCAUCGACCUUGAAGAAUACCGCAGUCCAGACGGCCGCCCCUUUACCUCCAUCUGCCUCGCUCACCAGUCCGACAUCAUCCGCCUCGACAUCCUCACUCGAGAAGGCGGAAUCUACCUCGAUACGGACGUCUUCGCCCUCAGAUCCUUCUCAAACCUCCUCACCAAUCAGCGAGAUGUCCUCAUGGGCCACGAAGGCGGAAAUCGCUACGGACUCUGUAAUGCUGUCACCAUCGCUCGUCCCAACAGUCAGUUCAUGGAGCUCUGGCAUCAGAGUUACAGCACAUUCGACAGUGAGCAGUGGAAUGAACAUUCCGUGCGGAUGCCGAAGUUACUGCAAGUACAGCACCCUGACUUGAUCUGUCCGCUUUCCCCGACGACAUUCUUUUGGCCGACAUGGGCGGUGAAGCAUGUCGAGUACAUGCAUGAACCGAUCACGGCGGAGGAGAAGGACGAGUUGCGGGAAAACAUGGCGACGUUCGGGGGAGCGAUGUAUGAGAAUCAGCUUGCUUUUCAUGCGGUCGCGGCGAAGGACUAUUUGCCACUACUCACGCCCGAGGUUGUGCAAGAGAAGGACACAAGGUUUAAUGUGCUCGUGAGGGAGAUUGCUUCGGCUCCACUGCCCUGA